GAACGGCCGUCGAGGUGUGGGCUUACCUCGCUCGCUCCGACGUUAUGGCAAUAUACCGUAUAAAGUGAGUGAUACCUCAGCGAGAUAGCAAAGAAUUGGAUAAAUAUUUUGUAAAUAAUGUAUAUUAUACGCGAGUGAUAAAUAAAGAUUGGUGACCGUGCGAUGUGCCGCGUUUGGUGUGCGUCGAAAACUUGAUUAAAAUUUAAGAGUGUGGUGUAAGUAAAAUAAGAAGUCUGAUUACUUUUGUAUGUACAUACACUAGCGAGUGUAAAUCUCUGUGUGGUGUUGUGCGGUGGUGUGGUGUAUAUUUUUUCUUCCCAUUCGUACGAAGUGAAGGAAUAUCAAGAUGGCGCAUAAUUUAGCACCGAGCGUGAAUUGUUCGUUAGAUGACAUCGAUUUGAACGCUUUGAAGGAUCCGGCUGGGAUAUUCGAGCUCAUCGAGGUCGUUGGAAAUGGGACCUACGGCCAGGUCUAUAAAGGGCGGCAUACAAAGACGGGUCAGUUGGCAGCCAUUAAAGUUAUGGACGUCACGGAGGAUGAAGAAGAGGAAAUUAAACUGGAAAUCAAUGUACUCAAGCGGUACUCGAAUCACAGAAAUAUAGCAACGUAUUACGGGGCAUUUAUAAAGAAGUCACCACCAGGUAAAGAUGACCAGCUGUGGUUAGUAAUGGAAUAUUGCGGCGCAGGCUCGGUUACCGAUUUGGUAAAAUCGACAAAAGGCCAAAGCUUGAAAGAAGAGUGGAUCGCCUACAUUUCUCGAGAAAUACUCAGGGGUCUCAGCUACCUCCACAGCAACAAAGUUAUUCAUAGAGAUAUUAAAGGGCAAAAUGUUUUGCUUACGGACAACGCCGAGGUGAAAUUAGUUGAUUUUGGUGUUAGCGCACAGUUAGACAGAACAAUUGGACGGAGAAACACGUUUAUCGGCACCCCAUAUUGGAUGGCACCUGAAGUUAUUGCCUGCGACGAAAAUCCUGAUGCUACAUACGACAACAGAAGCGAUCUGUGGUCGCUCGGUAUCACUGCUUUAGAAAUGGCAGAGUCUCAACCACCGCUGUGUGAUCUUCAUCCCAUGAGAGCACUGUUUUUGAUCCCGCGUAAUCCACCGCCACGGCUCAAGUCGAAAAAGUGGGCAAAAAAGUUUCAUGGAUUUAUCGAGACUGUUCUAGUUAAGGAUUACCAUCAAAGACCUUAUACGGAGCAGCUUCUUAAGCAUCCAUUUAUUCGAGAUCAGCCGACUGAGCGACAGGUUCGGAUUCAGUUGAAGGACCACAUCGAUCGCUGCAAGAAACGCAAACAAGAAAAAGAAAGAGACGACUACAGAUACAGCGGUAGUGAAAAUGAGGAAGAGGAAUCAACGGUGGCUGGUGAACCUUCGUCGAUCGUGCAAGCACCUGGAGGGGAUACGCUUCGACGUAAUUUCCAACAGAUUCAGGAAGGAAGGACGCUGACUCAAGAUGUCCCACAACCUCCUGCCAAGGACAAAGGGAGGCGAGAAAUUCCAGAGCCAGGACCUCCUGCACGUCCUGCGAUACCUCACAGGCUUAUCGUGGUGCCAGACCCACAGGCUCCAUUACGUCCGCUGCCCCCGACGCCUCGCGACGAUCCGAGACAACCACACAAGGUCUCUCCACCCCCGUCUAAUCACCAAGUACCAUCGGGUGGCGGAAGCGGAGGGUCAGGAGGUCAAUCCGCAUCUCAAAGAAACAGUCGCAUAUUCAAACCGAUGCUGCCGCCGAGGAGGCCAGAGGACUUGGACAUGCUGGCAGCUCAACUCAACGAGCUUGGUGUGCCGCAGGGCCCUGAAGCUCCUCCGAGGCCCAACAGACACCAGAAAGGCACCGUACCUCCAGCCUCGACAUCGGCGACAAACUCAGCGCCUGCUAACGAUCAAAAUAGCAAACAGAUGCAGCAGUCUUCCAGUAUUCUCGAUCAGACACUGUCAGUUGAGAGUGAUAGUGACGAUGACAUCGAAGAUGCCGCUGGGAACAAUCUGCGAAAUGACGGAACGUUACUUGCCAGUGAUCCACCUAAACCACUUCCUGAAUUUUCUCCUUACAGACCAUUAGAUUCAACGCACAAUGCCCAGAACUCUCCGCACGAAGGUAAACCCAAAGGUGGCGCGCCCAACAGGCCAUUGCCGCCUACGCCGGACGACGAGGAAUCCGGAGACAGAACGUUAGUGAUACAAAGAAAACUAAAUCAGCCGGACGAUAAAUUGGGAAACAACAACCGACGGUCGGAAAUAGACGAGCAAUUGCUAUUAAAAGAGUGGGAUUUUACGCGGUUCUUUCAAGGAUUUAACGAACGCCUGGACAAAAUGAAACAAGAAGUGGCUACAAAGUCGAGUAGCGAAGAAAGGUCCUCGUCGUCAAGCGAGCGAACGCUUAAAAGGCUGGACAUAAGCCAAAAGAAGUUUGAGCAAGCCAAGCCUGUUCACAGACGCCAAGAGUCGGACUCGAAACUGGCUAACGGGCCAUUCAGCCGAGCGUUCAGGAGGGAAAAUUCAGAUUUCUUUCCGUCCACCAGACACUCCGCCUAUUUGCAAAAGUCUGAUUCUAAGCCGAGUAUAUUUGCCAGCGGUAACAGGCGGGGCAGUGAAAUAAGCGUGGCAGGCAUUGCUGGGAAGAAGAGUAGCGCUGGUGAACCAGUCCUUACGGACUUCUCGUUUGGCGAAAGACUGCAAAGACCGAGACGAGAAAAGACUGAGAGUGAAAUUGUGUUCAGGAACAGACAAGACUUGAGAGAUCAGUUAGAGGCCAGGAGACUUGACGUUGAAGUUAGAUUUUCCCGAGAAGCUGACAAAAUGAGAAGGCGCAGUUCUAGACCGCUGGACACCUCCGAUACUGGCACGAUUAAAUCUACCGCCAGCACCACUGCUAGCGAAUACAGCCCUGUCAUCCAGAGUCGGGAAGGUGAGAGACGAGGAGGUGAGUUCCAGAGGUCAGACUCUUCUCCUGGGUCAAGACCAAGCUCCGUUCUUCCGGAUCUUCUAACUUCAUCCCCUGGUCAACGACAAGACAAAUCGACUAGCGAGGAGUACCGUCAGGCCGUUAAUCUCCCUCCAAAUGUGCUCCAGCAGAAACAGAAAUCAUUCCUGACUUUUGGAUUCAACGCUGGUUCGACGAGAAGAGAGUCCCAUGUGAACGUUAACGUCACACCGACCAGCCAUGACUUGGCUUCCGACACACCGGAAAUACGGAAGUACAAAAAAAGAUUCAACAGUGAGAUUCUCUGCGCUGCAUUGUGGGGUGUUAACUUGCUCAUCGGUACAGAAAAUGGUUUGAUGCUGUUGGACAGGAGUGGACAAGGUAAAGUUUAUCAAUUGAUUAACCGAAGAAGAUUUCAACAGAUGGAGGUAUUGGAAGGGCAGAAUAUAUUGGUCACGAUCAGCGGAAAGAAGAACAGAGUCAGAGUUUACUACCUUUCUUGGCUCAAGAGCAAAAUCCUACGCACGGAUGGGCAUAGCGAUCAAGUUGAGCGGCGUAACGGUUGGAUCAACGUUGGCGAUCUGCAGGGAGCAGUGCACUUCAAAAUAGUUAAAUACGAGCGAAUAAAGUUCCUUGUGAUCGCCUUGAAAGAUUCGAUAGAAAUAUAUGCCUGGGCACCAAAACCAUAUCAUAAAUUUAUGGCUUUCAAGUCUUUUGGUGAACUUGCACACAGGCCGCUGCUUGUAGAUCUCACUGUCGAAGAAGGCACAAGACUGAAAGUCAUUUAUGGAAGCGCCGAUGGUUUUCACGCAGUCGAUCUCGAUUCUGCAACAGUCUAUGAUAUCUACCUUCCUAAACACCCUCAGGGACCGAUCUGCCCGCACUGCAUCGUCGCUUUACCAAACAGUAACGGAAUGCAACUUCUGCUUUGCUACGAUAACGAGGGUGUUUACGUAAACACGUAUGGCCGAGUAGCAAAGACAAUGGUCCUGCAGUGGGGAGAAAUGCCGACAAGUGUUGCGUAUAUCGGUACAGGUCAAAUUAUGGGCUGGGGAAAUAAGGCAAUUGAAAUCAGGAGUGUAGAAAGCGGUCAUCUCGACGGUGUCUUUAUGCAUAAAAAAGCGCAGAGACUCAAAUUUCUCUGCGAACGGAACGAUAAGGUAUUCUUUUCAUCGGCAAAAGGCGGCAGCUCUUGCCAGAUUUAUUUCAUGACGUUGAAUAAACCAGGUAUGGCUAACUGGUGAUCUCGAAUGUGGCCACAUUUGGCCCCACCAAAAAUGCCGCUACCAUAUCCAUCCCGAGCAUUAGGAUUUUUCCCUCGACACCCCCCAACCCACUAUUCACUGCCACGGUCAAGUAUUAUAGAAUCCAGACUAUGUGUCCAUCAACGCCACAAACUCUACCCUCAGCGACAAAACACCUCACGGACACUCAACAUCGUCAAUCUCCUUGUUAAGAGGUUUUUAUGCUUUUUCAUGUGCCCUUGCAGCGUAUGCAGUCGCGUUUAGUCAUGAUUUGUCAUAAGAUGCUUUCUGCGAUGACUCAUAUUUUUCUACUUUUACUUCGGUUCGUUUCUG